ACAGUUCGUGUCAGAACAUUUACCAUGAAUAAUGCAACCAUAAUAGGCCAUGUGUUUUCAAGGGUUUAGCGAAAUAAAUAUGGAAUUAGCCCUUCGGAUUGUCACAUUCUUAUUGUUAUAGUUUUCAUGAUAAAAUGGUGAAUGUUUCUUUUACGUAUCGACUUUAUGAUUUAUAUUUAUACAAACCGGUUGUAUUUGCUAUAAAGUCGUACACACAUUUUGAAACCUUUCUUUUCAGCUCAAUCGUGUGUUAAAUAAGUGAAAGUGAUAGAAAAAGAAGAACACAGAAUGAAUGGGAAUUAAUUAAGCAUCAGUAAUGUAUCAUUCGGAAAAUCGAGCAUACUAUUAAGAUGAACGCCUCCCAAUGAAAACAAUGAUUAAAACCCUUAUUGUCCUUGUGAUAUGCACGUGCGUGAGUUCGACCCAAAAUGACGCCACACGAGACGAAAUCAAGCGACUCAAGGAGUAUCUUAUUAAUGUGGAGUUCCUGGAACAGGAGGACCAGCUUAAAAACGCAAAAGAAAUUGGUGCAGAGGAAACUACUUUGAUAGACGUCUGUAAAGCGCAAAUGGAGGUCGCCAUUGAUCUUACUGAUGACGUCAACGAAUUCCGCGAUGACGUCAUGGAUCUCGUGCAGGAGUGGAAUAAGUGUCUCGGCAAAUGGAACUCGAAAACCGCGUACGCCACAUGGGACUUUGAAACAGAUAUUACUGAUGAAAACCAGAAAAAGUUGACUGACGUCGAGGUUGAUGCGGCAGCGUUCUAUAAACAACUAUCUUCGCACGCGCAACUGGUUCAACAACACGAGCUCUUUGGUGACCUUGGAGACGACCUUCAACGCCAAGUUCGAUUGCUCGCAUUCAACGACGAACCAAAGUCCCAGAAGGACAAGCAAGACCUGGUAGAUGUACAAGUACAGCUGAAGCAGAUUUACAGCACAGCGAAGGUAGAGGGCUUGGUGCUCGAUCCCGACCUCGUGCAAGUGCUCGCCAAGUCACGUGACCCGGAAGUGCUGCUCGGGGCUUGGUGGGGCUGGCGAGAUGCUACGGGGCCAAAGAUGAAGGACCAGUACGCGGAGAUGGUCCGUCUGCUUAAUGUUGGUGCCACGGACAACGGUUUCCCCGACUUCGCGACAGCCUGGAUCUCUAGUCAAUUUGACGGUACGUCACACCUCGAGGCGGAAGCUGAGCGGCUGUGGCUCGAAAUCCGACCGCUCUACCUAGAACUACAUGCCUACGUCCGUCACCGCCUUGAAGCAACUUACUCGGACAUUGACAACGAUCCAAGGAGAAUAUUUAAGUCUGGCGCUAUUCCCGCACAUCUACUAGGCAAUAUGUGGGCUCAGGAAUGGAUCAACAUUUACGAUCUAGUAAAACCCUUUUCGGAUGAACCGGAAGUGGAUUACAGUACCGUUAUGCAGAACCGGAACAUGUCCGCGGACCAGAUGUUUCAUAUGGCAGAAGAGUUCUACACAUCGUUGGGGCUUCCUGCCAUGACACCAAAUUUCAACGCAAACUCCAUGAAGAUCCGCCCGGAAGGAAGAGAGGUCGUCUGCCACGCGUCCGCCUUCGAUUUCUAUACAACGAACCCCUCAAACAACGAUUUCAGAAUAAAGAUGUGCACACAACCGAAUAUGGAUAGUUUUGAGACAAUACAUCAUGAAAUGGGUCAUAUUGAGUACUUCAUGGCUUAUCAGAAUAAACCGACAGUUUAUAGGGACGGUGCUAACUCGGCCUUCCACGAGGCUAUUGGUGAUACGAUCAGCCUGUCUGUUAUGACGAGGCGCCACCUGGACAAGGUCCUCCUUGGCAAGGACGCUGACCAACCAGUGGCCGGGGACGCUGAUCAACAAAUGUCUGGGGAUGCUAAACACCAAGUGGACGUUGACCAACAGGUGGACGCUAUCCAAAGGGGACCACUUCCGACACAGAAAGGAAAAGAGAAACAAGUCCCUAAAAGUGACAUCAACUUCCUGCUAAAGAGGGCGCUGUUCAAAGUGGCGUUCCUACCGUUCGGCUACCUGAUGGAUAAGUGGCGCUGGGACGUCCUCCGGGGGAACGUCACAAAGGACGAGUACAACCGGCAUUGGUGGGACCUCCGGUUGGAGUACCAAGGACUAGUCUCCCCCAUUUCCCGCAGUGAGCGAGACUUCGACCCCGGGUCUAAAUACCACAUUCCGGACAAUUCGCCAUAUAUAUGCUAUUUCAUCAGCUUUAUAGUACAGUUCCAGUUUUACGAAGCCAUGUGCGAGGCUUCGGGCCACACGGGACCAUUAUAUAACUGUGACGUCUACCGCUCCAAAGACGCAGGAGACAAACUUCGGGCGAUGCUACAGCUUGGCAAGUCCAAACCCUGGCCGGAUGCUAUGGAAACCCUGACCGGAAGUAGGCACGUGGACUCAGCAGCAAUCUUAAAAUAUUUUGAACCCCUUCAUGUGUGGCUGAAGAAAGAGAACAAAAGAUUGAAUAACGACGUUGGUUGGGAAAAGGCUAAAACAAAUUUUAAAGCCUGAGCCGUUUGACUACAUGACUAAAUGACUAAAACAUAGAAAUGCAUUAAAGAAUCAAGUGCUUCAAAUAAGUUUAAACGUAAAGUGUGCCCUUUAAAGAACACUUAUUGAAUUGAAUAUGUGAUUUGCAAAUUCAAAAAUAGCUGUUUUAUGCGACUAAUACCUUCUUUUUUUUUCGAAAAAAAAAACCAACAACAACAAUACGACGACUUAAUUUGAUUUACCAGUUCGAGAAAGAGCGGGGUUUGAUAAGAGGCUCCCCGUGGGUCAACCCCCCGGGUUUCUGCAUUUGUUCAAUAUUCAGUAGCUAUUUUCUGUUGUCUCAUGUGAAUAAUUGUUCAAUGUUGAUUUAUCAUUGAUGUACUAGUUGUAAUGAAAUCCAGUUAUAUGUAUUUAUUUUAUAACGCGUAUGCAAUAAUGUGUUGUUUAUUCGCUGUGUCCAAAUGUCCUGGGCCGGUAUUUAUAAAUCAUCUUAAAAGUCUAGUCUAAUCCAUCCAUAAGUGACCCCCCCCCCCCAAAAAAAAAAAAGAAAAGAAAAAAAAAGUGUAUAGUAAACAACCUCUGUGUAUUGAUCUUAAUCUAAUUGCCUAAUUGUCUCAUCAGAUCUCCGAUCUGAGUAUCCUGCUGUGCAGUUUUGGAGGUUUUAUAAUUUAAAUGGACCCUAAAUGACCAUGAAUACACCGGAAAUUGGCCCCUAAUGUGACAUCAGUGCAAUUAGCAGGAGAUGCACAGCAGGUGAUUGUCAUACCAAACAUUCCUUAAACCAGGCCUUUAAGAUGUUUUACGAGUAUUGCCCGUUAGCUAUAUAUAGCUAGACACGUCUAGAAAAUGUCGUCUUCCAUUGGAUAAAAAAUAUACAUGUUGUUGUUUAUUUUUCCCUUAAAACAUUGGAUUUGUUAUCUGUUUAUCUUUCGCAUCUGUGAUCUUCUACUGAAUAAAUUUACAAAUGUA